AUGUCCUCUAAAGAAAGAUAUUUGGGUUCACCACUUAUUCUUGGUCAUUCUAAGCAAGAGGCAUUCAAAAAUAUUGAAGAAAAUUUUCUAAAUAGAUUUACUUCUUGGUCUUCUACUUCUUUAACUCAAGCUGGGAGGGGUAUCAUGGUAAAACAUGUUUUUAAUUCCAUUCCCAUAUAUCAGAUGGGCACUUUCAAGUUACCUUAUGUACUUCUCAGCAAACUUACUUCCAUCCAAAGAAAGUUCUUUUGGGGGUACAAGUCACAUAGGGGUUUUAAUCCUAUAGGGUGGAACAAAGUCCGUAAACCUAAAGACAUGGGAGGUAUGGAUUUCAGGGAUUUAGAAAUGCUUAACUUAGCAUUACUCACCAAAGUUGCUUGGAGAUUACUAACUGAGAAGGAUACAUUAGCAGUCUGGAGAAAGCUUGAGAUUGACAUAGAUGCAGAAAGAAACAACUUCCUGAGUGUUUCAGAAUUGACAGAAAGUUGGUUCUCUAAUCAGUAUGCAGUCUCUAACGAGAAGAAACUUUUCAUCCUCAUGAUUACUUCUUGGAUUUUAUGGAAAGACAGAUGCGAUGUUGUCUUCCAGGGAGUUUCUCUGAACCCUCUCAACUCACUGCAUAGGGUUAACUUUUAUUUAAACUCACAUCAGCAUUCUUUUGACUUGCAUACCAUUAGUAAUCACUCUCCUGCUAUUUCCCGUUGGAAACCUCCUGAGCAAUAUACUUUUAAACUCAACGUAGAUGCUUCAUUUGACAAUGAUACUAUCCAACUUGGUACUGGUUUGGUUCUACGUAAUUUUGCAGGUGCCUGCCAAGGGAUCAGAGGAAAAUGUGCAAAUAGAAUUUUAAGUCCUGAGGCUGGAGAAUGUUUAGCAAUACGAGAAGCACUACUCUGGGUAAAGGAAUUAAAGCUUGGAAAAAUUCACAUUGAAGCCGAUGCAAUGCUAGUCAUUCAGUCAAUAAAUGAGAACUCCCUAUUAAUACAAUGGGAAAAUAGGAAUAUUCUCAUAGAAAUCAAACAUUUAAGUUUUAGUUUUUGCAAGUUUUCUUUUACCAGUAGAGAUAACAAUCAAGUGGAAGAUGUUGUAGGCAAGUUUGUUAGAAUAUCAGCAUCCUCACUUAAUUGUCUUGAUAACUUCUCAGCUGAGUUUUGUGAUCUUCUAGCUAAAGAUCAAAACAAUAUUCAUCAAUAA